AUGGAUACCGGCUGCGCGUCCUGUAGUUGGGGACCUCGUCCCUCCACCGUGAGCUCGCCUCGCCUCGCCUCGCCUCGCCUCCUGGCCAACUCGCCCCCACUCCAACCUCCUAAACCCAGCCCGGGUCCGACUGGUCCACUCGCCGGAAGAGCACGUCAGCUGUCGGUCAGGCGACCGGCGGUGCGCUACGACGUGACUGACCAGACAAAGCUGGUUGACUACGAUGAUGUGCUGCGAUGCGAUGGAUACGGCCACACGCUCCCAGGGCGGGGAACGAGAGAACGCGGAUUGAAGUUUCCGCGAGCAAGCAAGUUCUCCUGGCUCCCGACCUGCUCAGUGCUGUGCACCACUGCAACGGGCCCCCGAGGACGGGGUCCUAGACCCGUUGGGGGGCAGGGCAGGUGGGCCGAAGCAGCAGGUACUUUGUACCCCGCCGAGGUCGAAGUCGCAGCUCACAACAGCAGAGCAGGCCAGAGUUCGGCACAGAAGGAGGGAGGGAGAGAGAGAGAGAGAGAGGGGGAGGGAGAGGAAGGGUGCUUGAGGCGAAGGCAAAGGAAGGAAGGAAGGAAGGAAGGAAGGAAGAAGGGAAGGAAGGGAGCGAAGCUUGGCCUCAGGCUUAGCCUUGGCCUUUAUCCUAAAGCUGAACCGACGGGUCGCUUAUCGUGGGCCGGUGAGGUUUCGUCCAGGAUUGUCUGUGAGAGAGGGGUCGGAGGAGUGGGAGGGGCUGCCUGGAUCGCUGUACAGCACCCGCAGCUGCGCUUAGAUUAG